GUGAAUGAUGCAGUGGUUGGUGAAGGCGUUCUGAGCUCUCGAAUUACGCACGCAAAGUUGGAAGCAGAGGCGCGCAUUGGAGAUAUUUUUUUCGGGUGACUUAACAACACGCUAAACGAAUUGUCAUUCGUUGCGCGCACUUGUAGAUUUGUGUUUGCGCGUGAAAUUAGGUGGCAAGACAUUCCUCUACUGCUCCGAGGACAGGGCGCGCCACUGGAACGCGCUUUGGGCUUUCUUUAAAAUAUCAGGCAUAAGCCUAACAUUAUGAGGUGCAGCCAUGGCAGGCAAGGGUAAGACAGCUGCGAGGACGCUGGAGGAUUUAACGCUCGAUUCCGGUUAUGGUGGAGCGGCGGAUUCCUUCAGGUCGUCCAGCGUGUCGCUCUGUUGCUCGGACACGCAUCUGUCGUAUGCGCAUGGGGGCAACUGCUGGCAUCUGACUGAAUCCAUGCACAGCAGACACAACAGUUUGGACACGGUCAACACAGUCCUGGCGGAAGACACGGAGAUCCUGGAGUGCUCGGGCCAGUGCGCCAAGCUGCCCGAGCUGGAGGAGGACGUGCCGUGGAGUCUUGGAGAGGUGGAAGGCGCGCUGCGCAAAGACGAGGAGCUGUGCGUGGGGAACGCGUCGCGGGAGAUCAUAGCCAAGCUCUCCGCGCUGGUCAGCCGCGCUCUGGUGAGGGUUGCCCGGGAGGCGCAGCGACUGAGUCUGCGUUACGCCAGAUGCACCAAACACGAGAUCCAGAGCGCCAUCAAGAUGGUCCUCUCGUGGACCAUCUCCGUGAACUGCAUCACUGCGGCGCUCAGCGCGCUGUCGCUGUACAACAUGAACACGGGCGAUAAGUUCAGCCGGGGGAAGUCUGCCCGAUGCGGACUCGUCUUCUCCGUAGGGAAGUUCUUCAGGUGGAUGGUGGAUAGCCGGGUGGCCCUGCGCAUCCACGAGCAUGCGGCGAUCUACCUGAGCGCUUGUAUGGAAAGCCUGUUCCGAGAGGUGUUCAGCCGGGUGCAGAGGAGCGCGCUGGUGGAGAAGGAGAACGGAGUGCCAAAGUUUUCCGUGGAGUCCCUGGAACAGGCCAUAAAUAACGACUCGGAGCUGUGGGGGCUUUUGCAGCCGUAUCAGCACCUCAUUUGUGGCAAGAACGCAAGCGGUGCAUUGAGCCUGCCGGACAGUCUGAACCUGCACCGUGACCAGCAGCGAGCAGGGAAAACGGGAGAGGGCCAUGCCUACAGCCAGGCUGAACUCCGCACCAUUGAACAGUCCCUCCUGGUGACCCGCGUGGGGAGCAUCGCAGAGCUCAGUGACCUGGUGUCCCGUGCCAUGCAUCACCUUCAGCCUCUGCACAUCAAGAACCCCAGUAAUGGUACGCCUGUACAUCAGAACCGCACCGGCAGCGUGCACUGGGAACCGGAGGCCCUCUACACGCUCUGCUACUUCAUGCACUGUCCUCAGAUGGAGUGGGAAAACCCUAAUGUUGAACCCUCGAAGAUCACCCUGCACACUGAGAGGCCGUUUUUGGUGUUGCCUCCGCUGAUGGAGUGGAUCCGGGUGGCCGUUGCGCACACAGAGCACCGCCGGAGCUUCUCUGUGGACAGCGACGAUGUACGACAGGCAGCCCGACUGCUGUUACCUGGAGUGGAUUGUGAGCCGCGGCAGAUAAAAGCAGACGACUGCUUCUGUGCCACACGGAAACUGGACGCUGCAUCCACAGAAGCAAAAUUCCUGCAGGACCUGGGGUUCCGGAUGCUCAACUGCGGACGAACUGACCUGGUCAAGCAAGCAGUCAACCUGCUCGGGCCAGAUGGCAUUAACAGUAUGAGUGAACAGGGCAUGACCCCUCUCAUGUACGCGUGCGUCCGUGGGGACGAGGCCAUGGUGCAAAUGCUGCUGGAUGCCGGAGCAGACAUCAACAGUGAGGUGCCCAGCUCACUACACAAGCACCCCUCAGUUUAUCCUGAUACCAGGCAGGGGACUCCACUCACAUUCGCCGUGUUACACGGACACGUCCCUGUCGUUCAGCUUCUACUGGAUGCCCGUGCUAACGUGGAGGGAGCGAUUCAAGAUGGCGCGGAGAACUACACAGAGACACCUCUCCAGUUGGCGUCUGCGGCAGGCAACUUUGAGCUGGUCAGUCUGCUUUUGGAAAGAGGAGCAGACCCUUUGAUUGGCACCACUUACCGUAAUGGCAUUUCCUCCGGUCCUCUGGGUGAAAUGAACUCGUACAGCCUGGCAGCAUCACACGGACACAGGAACGUGUUCCGGAAGCUUCUGUCGCAGGUGGAAAAGGACAAAGGGGACGUGCUGUCUCUGGAGGAGAUCCUAGCCGAGGGCUCGGACACCGUAGAAAGGAGAGCACCACAGAACGAAGGCACCCUCCGGACAGGCAAGGCCAAACUAAGGGCCCUCCGCGAGGCCAUGUACCACAGUGCCGAGCACGGCCAUGUGGACAUUACCAUAGACAUCCGAAGCCUGGGUGUGCCCUGGACCCUGCACACAUGGCUGGAGUCCUUGCGAACGUGCUUUGUGCAGCAGCGGCGGCCGCUGAUCCAAGGCCUACUGAAGGACUUCAGUUGCAUUAAAGAAGAUGAAUACACGGAGGAGCUCAUCACACACGGACUGCCACUCAUGUUCCAGAUCCUUCGAGCCAGCAAGAACGAAGUGAUCAGCCAGCAGCUGUCAGUCAUCUUUACCCAAUGCUACGGGCCUUUCCCAAUCCCCAAACUCACUGAGAUCAAAAAGAAGCAAACGUCUCGUUUGGAUCCACACUUUCUCAAUAAUAAAGAGAUGUCUGACGUGACAUUUCUGGUGGAAGGAAAGCCCUUUUAUGCCCAUAAAGUGCUGCUCUUCACUGCCUCUCCAAGGUUUAAGUCUCUGCUGUCUAACAGACCAGCGGCUGAGAACACGUGCAUCGAGAUCAGUCAUGUCAAAUACAACAUUUUUCAGCUGGUAAUGCAGUACCUAUACUGUGGCGGCACUGAGUCACUGCACAUCAGGAACACUGAAGUUAUGGAGCUCCUGUCUGCAGCCAAGUUCUUCCAACUUGAUGCUCUCCAAAGACACUGUGAAAUAAUCUGCUCCAAGAACAUCACCACUGACACCUGCGUAGAUAUAUACAAACAUGCCAAGUUCCUGGGGGCUCUGGAGUUGGCAGCCUUCAUCGAGGGCUACUUCCUGAAGAACAUGGUGCUCCUGAUCGAGCUGGAAAACUUUAAGCAGCUACUGUACGAGGUUCCCGCAGAGAGCCCCGGUCCAGGCCCGUCCUACGACGUCCUCCACGACCUGGAGAGAACCCUGGCCCUGCGAAUCCGCUCCAUCCAUCUCUCCACAUCCAAGGGCUCCAUCGUCUGACACUUUCUCCAAACUCACGCCAACCGCUCCAUACAGUGCUUUCAUCGAGAGCUCCAUUAUUGUGUGCCAACCUGUUGGAGACAUUUCAAACAUCAUGACCAGCACCUGCCCGACGGGACGUACCAAGAGAUUGCAUUUCUACAUCUCCACAAUGUUGCAAAAAACGUCAGCCUGCUGAACUCAUACCAUUCCAAGGGCUACGUUUACGUUGUGGAAUCAUUACAGCAACAUUAUGACGCCCAACGAACGUUAGUGCCCAGGGAAACCAAGGCUCCUGAUGUCAUUACUGCUUCGGCAAUGCAUGCAGACGGAACGGGUUCGUUUUAGGUGGAACUGAACGAAUGUCAUGCUACCUGCCGAGGACAGUUUUAGUAUAUUACUCUCCAAUUGACGUAAUAUUGUUAGCCUGAACCUUAAAUUGGUGUAACAUUCCCUCCAAAUGACACUUAACGCUAAACAAACAAUGCAUGUUCAGUUAGGUGAUGCUGCCAUCAAGUUUCCCAAGCCAUCUGUGUUCAAGCUGGACAAUAACAUCCACUAGGUGUAGAGUUUUACAAAGGAGGUGUUUUGUAUACUUAAUACUCACAUCCAACUACAACUUUUGGUAUUUGUGACACUGAACAAUAAUACGCCAGCUGUUUAACUUGUGUUUAACGCUUUGCGGUUUUAAAGAAAUAGGGAUUUGCUACCUUCAGACUGAUCCAACACAAAUUACCCAACCAUUGGCAGACUAACUUGUUGCUUUUAGGUUAAACGUCUCACCGAAAGUUCAUCGUCAAGCUGUUUGUUUCAACCCACUCGUUUUAAUCUACCACUGUGCUUAGUACACUUAAAACUGAGCAGUUCGUCCUUGCCUUGAGGUCGCGUAACCAACUGAUCAACUGUGUUGAAUAAUCUGCAUGGAUCCUUCUGUAAAAUACAAAAAAGGCGCUCAUUUUCCUUUUCGUGGAUGCAGAUUUACUAACACCAUUUGUGCAGGACUGUCCUUUGAGGUCUUUGUUGCUUGCGAGUUUGUCGAAAUCAGAUGCCACUGCACUGGUCGCCACCUUCGUGACCCAAUGUACAUAUUCCCGGUUCUCACCUGCUGCACUGCUUUUGUUCAAUGUGAAAAAUGUGAAGCCAGCUCAAAACAAGCUGUUUUACCUGUGCAUGUUCCGGUUUUUCUGUGUUCGUCUGUAACCCUUCAGGAUGUUGGUAAGUUCGAAACUACACUGGACGUACCGGCAGAAGAUUAUGUUGGCCAGGCUGAACCCAAAGUAACAGAUUUAGAAAUAUAUGAAGCAUUUCAUCCAAAGAUUAUACAGAAACAACAUCAGAAUUUCAACCAAAUACGUCAUUUAUUGGCACACGUGAGAUAUGAAUAUGGAUGAGUAAGGGAUAAUGUUGUAAGCAAGUUGUUAUCGCAAAAUAAAGCCAGACAGACUUAUCGGCUGUUGUGUCCACCUUAUUUUUUAACGUGGAAGUAAGCUGUAAGCCAUCCGGUUCAUUAAGCGCUGUAGGGAAAUAGCAAGAAUAACAACAAAGUGCAGUAAACUGUAAAACUGUUUGCACUACAAACCACUGUGUGCAUAAUUAAGCUAAUACCUUAAAAUAAUAUGGUAAGACACGCCAAUAUCAAGCAGCAAAACAGCUGGAAGCAGAUGAGACCGGAAGCCUCGCACAUUAUGAUAUUUACAAAUGGCUACAUCUGCUCUUACAGAAAAAUAAGGCGGAUAAGACUUAAGGGCUUUAUUUUGCAAUAAAAACUGGCUGGAUGUACAUUAUCCUGCUUAUUACACGGCUACUUGCCACAAAAAUAAAUAAUUAUACAUGAAAUACUGAUUUCAGUUCAAAUAUUCAAACGCAAAACUUCUGUUAAGUAAGAAAGCCCUUGCAAAUGUCAAGUUCAAACUAGACCGCAUUUGACCACAUGGAUAAUUAUGGCGAUAAAAGACAUUGAUUUAAGCUGCUUUAAACUGUUUAAAAUCUUUAUCUAGCUUGUUAGUUCUUACAUUCCAUUAUUGGAAUGGAAUGUAAGAACUUGUAUGAGACAAAAGAGAGGGGGUCCGCAAUACCAGGAUGACAUAAAUAAUUGUACACAGAAUAUUGAUUUGAGAUUUAAUAUUUUAUUAGUGAACCAAACUGGAAGCUUACACGAAGAAAUGUGCUGCUUCCCAAUUCGCAUACUAUCCUUCCUAAAUAGUAUUCGAAAAUAGAAUGAGUAUGUUCCAAAUCGUAGUAUGUGUAAAGAAAGUAUGCCAAAGAUUCCCGGAUGGUCUACUACUUCCGGUUAGAUUUCGAAAUGCCGAUCAAUGCACACUCUUAACGCACGAACAUUCGAUUAGAACUACAACACGCAUAAAAAGUGUUACAAAAAACAAGCAUGGCGGAUACGGGCGACCAACGGACAGGUAGGGAAAGUGGUUUGAGUAAUAAAUAUUCUUAGAAAGCGAAUAGCGCAGACUACAGUUACCUGGAUGAGGCUGUUAUUAGUUAGUAACGUUACCUCAGAAUGUGGGGACUGACCAUUUAGAAUUGAGUAUUCUGUGUAGCCGUGUAAUAAUAUCCAAUUAUCCACCUUUUUCUUCAAAGCGUAA